AUGGCUUACUCUCUGAAGUUUCUAGCUGCAAAUGGCUUCAUCAUAGUUAGCUUGAUGGAUAAAACUUGGAUCCAUCUUAACAGUAUCCUUCAAAAUUGUAGAGCAACAAAGGAAUAUGAGAGAAAAUCUAAGGAGUUUGUGAAGACUGCAAAUCUAAGACAUCAACUUUCAGAUGAAGUUGUAGAACACUUAGUUUUGUACGGCAUGGACAAAUCAUACAAAACAUGGUUUCAUCACGGGGAAGAUAUAGUUCAAAGUAGCACGACUAAGACAAGUUCUACAUAUAAUUUCUUUCGGGCUACUGGAGUAUGUUCAAGUAAUGUCAACGAUUUGGAUGAUGAUAACAACGAUGAUGAUUUUGAUAGUCUAUUAAGAGAUGUUGAAUCUCCAUUGUAUGAAGGUUGUUUGAAAUACACCAAAAUUUCAUCCGUCGUCGAGCUAUACAAUCUAAAAACAAUGCAUGGAUUCUCAAAUGUUGGCCUUUAUGAGAUGUUGGAGAUUAUCAAUGUAAUGUUGCCAAAAGAUAAUCUCCUACUAACAUCUAUGUAUGCAAUUAAUAAGUAUCUAAAGAUGUUUCAUCUUAACUAUAAACAUAUACAUGCUUGUGUGAAUGAUUUUUGCUUGUUCACAAAAGAAAAUGCAAAUGCCCAAGUGUGUCCCACCUGUCAAUAUCCAAGGUGGAAGCAAAAUGAACACACAAAGGAGAUUCUACAAAGGCAGCCUGCAAAAUUGUUAAUAUAUUUUCCUAUUACACCAAGGUUUCAAAGGAUGUUCAGAAAUGAAGAGACAAUUUCAUGCUUAAAGUGGCAAUCAAAUAAUAAAAGAAUGGAUGGGAAAAUGAGCCACCUGGUAGAUUCAAAGGCUUGGGAUGCAGUUAAUGAGAGAUGGCCAGAUUUUUCACUUGAACUGUAUAACCUUCGACUAGGACCUGCUGCUGAUGGGAUUGACCCUUACAAAAAUAUGAGUUCUACAUAUAGUUGUUGGGCAGUAAUGCUCGUUGUAUACAAUUUUCCACCUUCAAUGUGCAUGAAGAAUGAAUUCACAUUUCUUUCUAUGUUGAUUCCUGGACCAAAAGAACCUGGGAAUGACAUAGAUGUUUAUUUGGAGCCCUUAAUAAAUGAGUUACUAGAAUUAUGGAAAGGUGUGUAUACAUAUGAUGUUUCUACAAAGAAGUUUUUUAAUUUAAAGGCCAUGCAGUUAUGGACCAUAAAUGAUUUUCCAGCUUAUGGAAACUUAGCUGGAUGUGCGACUAAAGGGAAGUAUGGUUGUCCUAUAUGUGGAGAGAACUCAAAUGUUGUUUGGUUGAAGCAUAGUAAGAAGAUGUCUUUUUGCAAUCAUAUUCAAUUUCUUCCACAACAUCACCCAUAUCGAAAGAAGAAAUAUACAACUGCUAGGGCAAGGGAAAGAGCACCACAAUGUCCAACAAUAUUAACAGGUGUUGAAGUAGCUGAGCAAUUAAGUGAAUUCACUAAUGAUUUCGGCAAGGGUAGAAAGAGGGGUCGUGGUUCAGAGUUUGAUAAAGGGUGGAAGAAAAACAUUCUUAACACAUUGUUGGAUUGCAAGGGAAAAUCUAAAGAUCAUUACAACUCGAGACUAGAUUUGACAGAGAUGGGCAUUAUGACUCAUAUCCACCCAUAUGAAGAAGAACGAAUUACUUGUCCUCCUGCUACAGCUUACACUUUGUCAAAAUCAGAUAAGAAGUUGUUUUGUAAGAGACUAUUUGACUUGAAAUUGCCUUAUGGAUAUAGUACUAAGAUUAGCAAUUGUGUAGAUAUGGAGAAUCAUAAGCUAACAAAACUUAAAUCUCAUGACUGUCAUGUGAUUAUGCAGCAAUUGUUAGCUAUUUCUAUAAGGGGUUUAAUGGAUGAAGGAUGCAAAGAGACAAUCCUUCGACUUUGUAGGUUUUUCCAUGAAUUGUGUCAACUUGUGGUUGAUAAGGAGGAGAUUAUAAAAUUAGAAUUAGAAUCUGCAGAAAUUGUCUACAAACUGGAAGAAUAUUUCUUUCUUUGA